ACAGCAAGAUGACGGCAUUUAUAAAAAAGAGAACAGCAGGGGGCCAAGGGGAGAGGAAACGAAGGCUCCAUUGAAUUGAGUUCUAACUUAGUGUGUUGGUAGUAGUGCUCUAUUUAUCAGUUAUAACAAAUACCGGGCCACAGGAGCAAAAGCGCAAGACAACUGAAAAGCAGCACUGGGAGAGUAGAGCGAUUUUAAAUAUGCGAUACUUUCUAUUGCCCUUUACUGGAAGACAUCUGUUUCAGUCCCCUGACAAAGACAUUUAUUCACAAUGUGUCUGUAGUCGGUGAUUCUGCAAUAUAAAAAACGGCAUCAUGGAGACACCUGAGAUAACGCUUUGGUUGAUUCUGUGUGCUUUUACCAGGCUGUCGAUCAACGGUCAAAGAGCCGAGGCAUAUGUCCCCGAGAACAUUCCCAUAGGAGCAAUACUGGGCAAGGAAUCGCGGCAGGUAGAAACAGCCGUGCGUUACAAGAUAAAGCAAUUCAAUGGAAAAAAGGGGAGCGACUACCUCGGUUUUAAAGUGGAAGCCUCUCUACACUCUGAUGUGAACGUUGAUAAUCCUAAUGAAUUCAUUGGCUCAAUGUGUGACCAAAUGAACAAAGGUAUCUUCGCCUUCAUAGGAAGCAGCCAUCUUCCUGCUGCAGCUUCGGCAUUCGAUUUCGCAGAAAAGUUCCACAUGCCUUAUUUUACUACGAGCCGAGGGGGAGUGACGUCAUUACGUAAACAUUUCUAUUCCCUACACAUGCUGCCUGACCACCUUGACGCUAUUAUAGACGUUAUGUUACAUUAUAAGUGGACAGAUUAUAUCUACUAUAUAUUUGACGACGAGGAUGGUUUCGGUAGGUUGUCCUACAUAUAUAAAAGACUGGAGGAACUGGGGCAACAGAUACCAAUUGCAGGAGCUAAACUGAACGACACUAACAAUGCGUACGCAGAGCUUAGAAUGCUGGAUAAUCUUCCUCAACGAUUCGCCAAUAAAAAGAUCAUUCUUGAUAUGUCAAGUCACAGUGUAUUGAAGAAAGUCUUAGAACAGAUAUCUAUUGUUGGUAUGAACAAACAUGGCUACCACUACAUUCUUGGUACACUGGCCAUAGAGGAAUUAAACCUGACUCAGUUUCGGCAUGGCGGAGUGAACAUCACUGGGUUCAGUUUACUGAACUAUACUUAUUAUGAGCUGGAUAAGUUUAUCGAAGACUGGGCUAAGCCUCCCCCGGAAGGGACUGGGAUGAAAACAAUAGAGCUUACGUCUGCCUUGUUCGUGGACUCCAUCUCUGUGAUAACGAAGUCGUUGAACACUAUGAUGAUCAACAAGAAAGAUGUGUUUUCCAACAUAUUUAGAGAUGGAGCGCUCUACAACAAUGGGACAAGGGGUAUCAAGUGCUUUUCGAGGUAUCAGCCUACCCCUUGGAUUCACGGACCCGGAAUAAUAGAAGCAAUAAAAACGCCGCGGGUUGCGGGGCUCUCGGGUGAAAUAGUAUUUGACGCUUAUGGAAAGAGGAUAAACUAUAGUAUGGACGUUCUAGAAGUGUCCUUAGAUUCUGGCCCAAUUAAGAUUGGGGAUUGGUCAAAGGAGAAUGGCUUCCUAACGAACAAACUUGGCGAAGGGUUGGAAGACAAGAAACCAAAUGUCACGGCUACGAGGACCAUACAAAUUAUUACCACUGUAUUGGCAGCGCCUUACGUCAUGAUGCGGAAGCCAGAACCAGGGCAGAUUCUAACCGGCGUAGACCGCUACGAAGGCUACUGUGUGGAGUUAGCCAAGCUGCUUUCGGAGGUCGUACCGUUUAAUUACACGAUUAAGAUCGUGGAAGAUGGUCAAUAUGGCACUUUGGAUAGCAAUGGUCGUUGGGACGGUAUGGUGGGGGAGUUGACACGACAAACGGCCGACAUGGCCAUUGCUCCACUGACUAUCAAAUCUAUGCGUGAACGGGUGGUAGACUUCUCCAAACCGUUUAUGAGGACCGGCAUCAGUGUCAUGAUUAAGAAACCAGAAAAACAAAAACCAGGGGUAUUUUCCUUCAUGGAUCCAUUAGACAGAGAGAUUUGGAUGAGUAUCACUUUUGCUUUCGUUGGAGUUAGUAUUGUGAUGUUUCUUGUCAGUCGGAUAAGCCCAUACGAGUGGAAUAUCGUGAAGAACAACGGGGACGGUAUGAAACUGAAAAACGCUUUCACUUUGAAAAACAGCAUGUGGUUCUCCUUUGGAGCAUUGAUGCAGCAAGGAACAGACGAUUGUCCAAGUUCAGUGUCUGGUCGGCUCGUCGGCAGCGCUUGGUGGUUUUUCACGCUCAUCAUAAUUUCAUCAUAUACUGCGAACUUGGCGGCAUUUCUUACCAUAGAGAGCAUGGUACCGCCGGUGAAUUCUGCAGAAGAGUUAGCCAACCAAGUUGAUAUUAAAUAUGGCACUAUGGAGAAAGGAUCGACAUAUGACUUUUUUAAAAGUUCGAAAAUGGAAACUUAUAAAAAGAUGUUCAAGUUCAUGUCGUCACAAGACCCAAAGGACGUAUUUGUGAGAGACAACGAAGAGGGCGUGAAAAAAGUUCAAAAUUCAAAAGGAAAAUACGCGUAUUUAGUUGAGUCUACAACCAACGAAUACCAUAAUCAGAGGAAGCCCUGUGAUACCAUGAAAGUUGGAGCAAAUCUGGACUCCAAAGGAUACGGCGUUGCUACGUAUCAGGGGCACCCCCUCAGGGAUGCUGUCAAUCUUGCAAUUUUGAAAAUGCACGAAGAUGGCACAUUGACAAAAUUAAAACAGAAAUGGUGGUACGACAAAGGAGAGUGCGGAUCCAGCUCGGAUUCGAAAACAAACGAACUUACACUGAGUAAUGUAGCUGGAAUCUUCUACAUCUUGAUCGGCGGACUUGCCCUUGCCAUGCUUGUCUCACUGUGUGAAUUUCUGUAUAACUCACGGCAAGAUUCCAUUAUGUACAAGAAAUCCUUCAAAGACACUGCCAGAACUCAGGCUCGGCUGUCUAUAUCUGGGCGAUGUGGCAUGGGUGGGAAAGACCGCUCUAGCUUUGACAACUCGUCCGCAUAUGGAGUGCCGUACGCGUAUACUGCUCCAAAUGGCAUGAUAACAUUUAGAGGCUACGAUGAAAAAACAGAUACCGAAGUUUGAGUGGAUAUAUCCUGACAUCUUUGGUGGAUAUGUCCUGGCGUCUGUGGUGGAUAUGUCCUGGCGUCUGUGGUGGAUAUAUCCGCGUGCUCAUAGCUUUGAUGGCUAGGGCCAGGCUUUUAUAAACAUAAAUCUCUUGUUUCCUCGAGUAAUCCUUACGAGUACAAUCACAGGAUUUAUACUAAACACGGUAUCAAUUGCUGCCGCCAUUCGAACUCGAUCACCCCAGGUAUAAAACAAUGUUAGGAAUACCUGUCGGACCAAAAUGUUUCUCACAGUCCUCGGAUUCCAAUUCAGUCGUCUUGAGAUAACUCGUAAAAUCUCUUGUUAAGUUGCACGUGACUUCCACAUGAUUGGUGACAUAAUCAAGAUGUAACAGUGUGCCCAUGAGCAAAGAAAUGUUUUUGCACACUGAGCAUGACUCAACCAAUAGAAUGAAGUUUGAAAGUAUGAAAAUGUGAGUCUACAGACGAAGAGGCAGCAAGAGUUGGAAUCAGACUUUUGUGUAGGUAGAAUGACAUACACAUUUAGAAGCGCCACAAACAUCAAGUAGUGAUAUAAAAACUAAUAUGCCUUUCUACUAGUUGUUGUUUUCGUCUGAGGUAUCAAGUUAUCUGUUGUUCAGAAGGCACGAUCACACACAACUUGCAUGUGUAUUGAAAUCGUGCUGUAGAACUUUUUGCCCAUUUUGUCCAAAAACGUAAAUAAAAGUUUUAACGCAUGAUUUUUAGUGUAGGUUGGAAGUGAGCAGUAGGGUCUAUACAGUUUCUGAAAUCUGACUUAAAUGCAAAAAAAUAUUUCGUUUCUACGAAAGAACAAAAUCGUGCUAGAUUAAGUUUAAGAAUAGUCCA